UUGCGGCGUGCAGCCAGGCUGUGUCGCUGCGUGUAUAUUUUUGCCUUGCGCGUCGAAACAAACGUUUCGAGUGUAUUGUACACACGUGCGACUUGCACCCAGUGCGUAUCUUUGCUUUUUUUUUUUUUUUUUUUUUUUUCAAUUCCGGGUGUGCCUUUUUUGUACGGAGCUUUUUUACGGAGCUUUUUUACGAAAACUGGAAGCUGGAAGGGUCGGAGGAAGUGUUUUUGUUUGCAGUUGUCCUAGUAGCGAGGGUAGGUGAUUCAUGAAUUUGGCCGAGUUUGAAUAACCAUAAGGUAGAAAAGAUCCGAUUCGCCAUGGGUAAGCUACUCAGCCUUCUGGCUCGGGACGAGACGACCUGCUGUGCUCACCAAAAGUACGACGUCUUCUUGGAUUUCGAGAACGCAGAGCCUUCGGACAACGAGCGCGAGACGUUCGAGGCCGUGCAGAGGGUCCUCAAGAACUCGGAGCCGAUCCUGCAGGAGAUCCAGUGCUACAAGGGCGCCGGCAAGGAGAUCCGGGAGGCCAUCUCCGCGCCAACGGAGGAGUGCCAGCGCAAGGCUUACCUCACCGUCGCCCCGCUCGUCGCCAAGCUCAAGCGCUUCUACGAGUUUUCCCUGGAACUUGAGCAAAUCGUCCCAAAGAUACUCGGUCAGCUGUGCUCGGGCAACCAGUCGCCGACGCAGCACCUCGAGACCCAGCAAGCCCUAGUCAAGCAAUUGGCUGAGAUCCUCGAGUUCGUCCUCAAGUUCGACGAAUCCAAGAUGAAGACACCCGCCAUCCAGAACGAUUUCAGCUAUUACCGGCGCACCCUUACGAGGGCCUCCCUCGCGCGCCAGGACUGCGCUACCGAGCGAGACCUCGUGGUCGGAAACGAGCUCGCCAACCGCAUGUCGCUCUUCUACGCGCACGCUACCCCCAUGCUGCGCGUCCUCAGCAACGCAACCAUUGCUUUUCUCAUGGGGAACGAGGACAUACCGAGGGAAAACAUAACCGAGACUCUGGGCACGAUGGCAAAAGUCUGCCUGAGAAUGCUGGAAAAUCCGAACCUGCUGGCUCAGUUCCAGCGCGAGGAGACGCAACUGUUCGUGCUGAGGGUGAUGGUCGGCCUGGUCAUUCUUUACGACCACGUGCACCCGCAGGGCGCCUUUGUCAAGAGCUCCAAUGUCGAUGUAAAGGGCUGCGUGAAGCUGCUCAGAGAUCAGCCGCCUUGCAAGAGCGAGGGUCUGUUGAACGCCUUGCGUUACACCACGAAACACCUCAACGAGGAGAACACCCCCAAGAACAUCAAGAACCUGCUGGCCGCAUGAUUGCCGAAGCCUCGAGGCUGCUGCAUUCGGACUUGAGAUGUGGGUUUUUUUCCCCUUCUUUUGUUCGUACACAAAAGCUGGCCGUGAAUUACUAUUGUUGAUGAUUUUAUUGUGUUUUUUUUUAAAUUUUUUUUAGUCCUUGCGCGUCGUGACAGCUUUUUUUUGUGUUUGACGGUGAAAUGUGUUUUUAAACGGAUAGAUUUGUGAGUAGAUAAAAAAAAAACAGACUCGCCGAGUGUGUCUCCUUUUUUUUUUUUUUUUUUCUUUUUUUCGCGUGCUCGGUGACUGAGUUUGGUUCUUGAGAACAAAAAAUUUGUUGUACUGCCAAUAGAGCGGGAAAAGGAUUCUUUUUUUAUUUUGGAGAUGAAGGCAGCAACGUCGGAGAAGUUCAUACAAAAAAGGACUUGGCGGACUUUACUAUAUAUACAAGACUAUCCGAGGAAUUGGAGCACACGUGCGCACUUUUCUCUACCAUGUGUGUGUAUAGUAUGCGGUAUGAGUGUGUACAAGUGUGUAGGUUGCGCAGGGGAACAUCGAGGACGCGCGACGCGCGCCUCGCCUCCCUCGAAUCGAGGAGGAUAUUAUAAGUAUCUUCGUAGCUACGUAAUUUUAUUGUCAUUAUUAUUAUUACUGCAUUAUUAUUAUCAUCGAUAACAUGACAUUGAGUGAAAGAAAAACCAGACGAGACUCCUUUCUACUAUUUAUAAAAAGCGUUUGCUAGGUAGAACCGUAGCUAUAUUUACGUAUAUCGUGUAGCAUUAGUUACCCUCGUUGCCUCGAAUACGCAAAUUUUUAGUUUUGUUAUACUUUUUUUUUUACUUUCAUCGAGAAAUUGUAAAUUGUAAUCGAAGAUAAAAUUAAUCUGUACCUUAAGGUAUUAAUAAUUUGGACUCGCGAGAGAUAUUUGGUCAAUAAUAAGGGUCAAUCAUUUGCGAUCCCUAAAACCGGGAGAUGCAAGCAGUAAUAAAAUAAAACGAUGAAAGUAGUUUUGUGGAUGAAUUACAAACUAUUCUGUAAUCAUUAAUUGAAAGUGCAUUUACACCAAAUUCCGAUAAUAUGUAUCCUAUACGUCUGUUUUUAAGGCAUUUAAAAAAAAAUUUUUAUACCCAAUUUUUUUAUAAACAUUACCGAUGUAAGAGUCGCGUUAAAAUUAUUUAAGUCUUCCUGUUGAUGGUUUAAAAUAAUCAGUGAGAUUCGAUUGAUUUUUCCCUUUAAAAAAAGGCUUGAUCCACCAGUAAAAUUAUAUUAUACGCAAAUACAGGAGAUACAUGUAUGAGUUUAUUUUUAAUACUUUCGAGCAUUAGUUAGUAAGUGAUUUGAUGAGUAUUGUGGUUAGAUGUAACUAUAAAAAAAAGCACAGCACGUUGAAUAAGCACAACAUUAUUAGUUUGUAUUAUUUAUAUGAAUUUUGCGAGUAAACGAUUUGAAAAAAAACAAUCGAAGAUUUUGUACUGCAGAGAAAAGAUUUUCAAAUCUAAUUUUGAUGCACUUUGCAGAACCUUUAAUUAUACUUUGUUUUUCCCUGUUACUUAGCUGAAUAAGUCUAUAUUUGUAAUUAUAUACACCUUGUAGUUCGAAAUUGUGUAGUCAAAGUCAUUGAAUUCACGUCUCAGACGAUGUAUAAUGAUUACAUUUUUUUCUUAUUAAAUAACCUACGCUUUUGCAAUAAAAGUAAUAUUCACUGAAAUGUGUGAAUGCAAACGUAAACAUUGUGAGUUAAAUAAGAAGAAAAAUAAAUGGAGCAAAGAAUAAAUGUGGUUUGAAAUAUAAACUGCCGAAAAUGAAUGUAAGGGAAACGAAGAUCAACUGUGGACGGCAAGCGAUUAGUCAUAAAAGUAUUGCAGAGAACCAAAGACAUAAAAAAGAAAAAGAAAGAAAAUAUUGAUACACCUAUUCCUGUAAAUUUUGUAGAAUCGUGCAAAAAGUUAAGAUUUAAUAAAAAUAAAAUAAUUAAGUAAGACAAAUGUAUAACUGUAUUUUAUUGCCAACGCUAUGUUGAUUGAUAAUCACGAGAUAAAUGAUUUUGCUAUAAAUAAUGAGAUACAAACACAACAUGAUGAUAGAGUGAGACAGAAGUUUGUAAUAAAACAAAGUUGAGAGUAUAAAAUAAUGGAAAGGUUAUUUUCUUGUGAUGGUUAGAGAACUUUUCUCAAUUUUAAUAACGAUACUCAAAGUGUUCAAUAAAAUGGGAACUAUGAAAACCAAAUCUUAUAUGGAGAGUAUUAGAAAAAAUUUUUUGUGAAAUUUCUUAAUAAAAUAAGAUUUUGUAGAUUAAAAAAAAAAAGAAACAGUAAAUCGCACAUACCCAAGAUGUGGCAAAUUGAAUUGAAAAACCAAUCAUUUUACGUAACAACUUCUUCGAGUUUUUAAAAUAAAUAUCUUUUACAACCCUUUACACCUUUUUACGUGUGUUUAAAAAAAGUAUUAUAGAAAGUAUGGAGCACACGUUUUAAAGUUGAAGUAAGUUUUUUGCAGCACUUUAAGUGUAUCCUUAAGAAAAAACAUACAAAACAAAACAAGUAUCCUAUAAUAGUAUCUUUGAUCGUUUUUAUGUGCACACACGAGCACAAAAAUUGUCUCCAGUUAUGCCUGUUUCAAUUUGGUACAAAAUAUACCUUACCUGCGUGGCAAACGAUGUUAUUUUCGAGGGUGGCGCGCUGCCGAGUAAAUAAUAAUAACGAUGAUGAUGAUAAAAUAAAACAGAAAAUCUAUACAUACAUAAUCGCCUUUUCGAAUCUUUGGAUUCGCAACUGAUAUAAAAAAUAUGUAUGUAAUGAGUGGUACGUAACAAUAUUAUAUGAGGUUGAGGUAUAUGGGAUGAUGAGAGUUAAAAGUAAAAAGGUCCACGCUCGUGUAAAUUUAAAAAGAAAAAUUGUGUAAAGAUGUAUUAGAAUGAAGUCUGAAAUGUAAAGCUUGAAAAAUAUACACA